AUGGCGUUGCGAACAAUUAUGACCGUCCUGCUUGCAGCGAUAUGGUCUUCUCAUGCUGACAUGUAUCUGAACAGUCCACGCGGAUCGAACAACAAGCUUCGUGAGCAAAGCAACAACGUGCAGAAUGCCAACAGGUUGUUUGACUCGCAAAACAAUGCGGCUUCAGGCUAUCAGAUUGGAGAUGACUGCAAGCCUGCCUGUAAGGAUGCAAACAACAAUUAUGAUGUAACCGUCGAAGGUGCCACAAAGGGUACGAUGAAAUUCUACCAGGGCUCCGAGCUCUACAUCGAGUGGCACAUGCAGCACGGCUGUGGCGUAGGACAUCCCAACCUGCGAUGCCAGAUUGUCCUGCAGUACAUGGCAGAAAAAGACAAUGCAAACCUCCGGGACGGCACAGAGCAAACUUCAGCUGGUGGAGAUGGCAAUGAUCCUACCGAAGAGGAAACUGCGGAGGUCUCCCGAGGCUACCAUGAGACCUACGACUACUAUCAGGCCUGCAUCGAGCGAGAACGCAACAAGGGCCUGUACACCGCAGACCAGCAGAUUGAAGAGAAUGGUGGGGCGACCUCCACCCGGCAGAAUCCCAAUGGCAAUGGCCGCCGACGUGGCAAUCAACGACAUGGCCUUGAAUGCCCGGAGGAGCGGGACUACUACCCAUAUUGGCAUCCAACUCCAUGGCACGAUAUCGCCAUCCUGACGGAGGAACCGCAAGUGCGUUGUGAAUACUACAGAAUGGAGUCCCAGAAUGUGAAAGCGAAGGGCUACUGCACUCUUCCGCAAUACAACAACCCAGAUGCCUGCGUUGGCAACGAUGGCGAAUGGAAGGAACAAGCUGCCUUUGAUGAGCCUCCCCCUGAGUGCACUGGAGGAAUUGCGAGCCGCGACAACCACAACGGAAAUGUCCGGAAUGGACAACCCCACUACUAUGUGUGGAAGAUCCCAGAGUUCGUCAAGGGCCGCGUGGUUCUGCGCAUUCGCUACAACAUCACGACAAAGGACUUCGACUAUGGCUCGUUGGCGAAUCCUGAGGAGGAAGGCGCAUCUCUGUCAGGUGUGAAAGCAGAUCCCUUCUUCAUGAAUGCCAAGUACAAUGACCCCAAUCCUGGCAAUCGACGACGCAGGACCUUCAGUGGGCGCCCGGGAGUGCCGGUGCCCUUGGCCCAGGAUCCGGUGGCAGACUGGCUAGGCUUGGGAGAGACCGGGCAGGACACCAGCCGUCUUUUGCAGCUUCAAGUGAACACCAACCAGUUCGGCCGCACCUUUGAGGAUCGAACCCACAGCUUCAUCGUGAUGGAGAGGCCUGCGGACGUUCCCAUGGAGACGCGGAUUGUGAACCUCAAUGUGCGUGGCCGACGUGGGAACAUUGUUCAAGUCUACCCCUCGGUGGAAUAUGACUUUGUCCCUUCCGAGCUCUCGGUGGAGGUGGGCACACUGCUGCACUUUCAAUGGACGGGAUCUGAUGCGAACAACAAUAACAAUGCAGGCAAUGGUCGCGCUGGCACCGAUCGAUCCAAUUUGGUUCAGGUGCAAUCACGUGCGGAGACCAUCCCAUUGCCCUUGGAGAAGCACACCUUGCUCUUUGAUGCGAAGAACAACCCCAACGACGAGGAGGGCAGGCGCUUGGUGGACCGCUUCGCGUACUUGGACCAGGACCAAAUCGUGACAUGUGAUCCAGACACCAAUGAUCAGAACUCAGAGACCAACUGUAAGCAGCUGAAUGGAGCCUCAGCUUACUUCGAUGGGGGCCUGGUGGAGAUGAAGACCGUGGGUGAGCACCACUUUGUCAGUACCAGGAACAACGACUUCACCAACAGAUCCCACAAGGCUAGCAUCAAAGUGACAGGCUUUGCCUUCGAGGGCUAUGAGAACAUCGCCUUGGGAGUAGGUGCAUUUUGCGCCUUGGUCUUGUUCAUCUACCUCUUCGCUGUCUGCCAUGCCUACAGGAAACCGGGCAGUUGGCUUUUCUCCCGACGUUACCGGCCACGGUUGUUGACGUGGGUGCUGCGCAAGGAGACCAUGGACAGGUUGGUCGAGGAAAGAAGGCAGCUGGUGGCGCAGCGAAGGAGGGAGUGGGCCAAGAAAGCCAAUGCACAUGUUGGAGACGAAGAGGGAGGCACUGACAAGGCAGCGGAAGUCGCAUUGCCAGAGGAGAGCCUGUCGUGGUUUCAGAGUAUCACACGAUGCUUCCGUAAAUGUGGCCUGGGUGAGCAGCAGCUCACCACCCUGAUGUUUGGCGUCCUGAAUGUCUUGGUCUUCGCCAUCGGUUUCCUUUCGAACAUGGAGGGUGGCUUCAAAAAGUCUUGGGCGUAUCCCAUUGCCAAGGGCGGUGGCUACAGCAUGGAUCUGAACUUUGCCUUGUUGGUGCUGCCUACCUUGAAAAGUUUGCAAACCACUAUGAGGCGAGUGAGUUCCUCUCGCGAGUGGGUGCCGAUCGAUGACCCCAUCAAUUUCCACAUUGUGAUCGCCAGCUUCACCAUGCUCGGCGCAGCCAUUCACAUCGCAGGACACUGUGUGCAUGCGUACCUUAUCCGCCAAUCUCCCAUCAUCCAGCCCGACCCCCUUGAGCUGUGGAAACUGUCGGCGGAAGAGAAAAUGAGUGGGAUGACCUUCCUACAGCAGGUGUUCAACCUUCAAAUUCGUUGCGCUGGAUUCACGGGCAUCAUUUUGACCGUGAUGAUGCUGGCCAUUCUGCUCACCGCCCUGAACUGCUCUCGGCGCCGCACGAACUGCUUCAGCCGUCGCAUUGGCGGGUUCAAUUUGUUUUGGCGGAUCCACAUGUCAUGGAAGCUCAUCUAUGUGCUGCUUUUGCUGCAUGCACCUGCUCGACUCUGGAUUUGGUUCUUCUUUCCAGCGCUUUUCGUGCUAGUGGACCGGUUGCUCCUGGCCAACAACCAAAGCAUCUAUUUGUCCCUUCGCAGCGUGAAGCUCUUGCCGAGAGAUGUGAUUGGACUCACCUUCGAGCUGCCUCAGGGAUUUGCCUACCAGGCUGGGCAGUACAUCCUGUUGGGUUGGAAGGGCGAGUGGCAUCCCUUCACAUUGACUUCGGCGCCAGAGGAGAAUUGCAUCAGUGUACACAUUCGUUCACCCAACAGCCUCGAUUGGUGCUCCGCCUUGCGGAAGCGCCUCACCCAGGAAGCUCCGGCGCAGGCGGCGGGCGUGGACCCCUCGGAGAGCAAGGCUCCCAAGGCCCCUUUGCUAAUCGAGUACCGGAAAUGCACAGUGGCCAACAGCCCAGUCAUCUACAACAUGCCCAAGGUUGCUGCUGCUGCUGGUGCUGCUAAAGGUGACACAGAAGCAGCACUGGAUGAGAGUCAAGGCCCACGACUGUUGGGGAGAAACGUCUCAGGCAAGCAGAUGGAGCCGAUGCAGUCUGGAGAGACCAUGAUCAGUCGAGUUCAGCCUGGUAUGCUGCCUCCAGAGGCUGUUGUCUUACAGGUCACAGGCCCCUUUGGUGCGCCUGCUCAGAAAGUUUGGGGCUUCGAUACGCUGAUGGUGGUCGGAGCUGGUAUUGGCGUGACACCUUUUGCCUCCAUCUUGAAGUCAGUGCAGCUGCGUGCCAAGCAGCGUGAAACAAUCAUGAGCACUGCGACCAGGCCAUCUGCCUGGCGUAAUGCCAUUGGAGGCGAGCAAGAGGAUGCAAGAGCUGGGCUGCAGCGACUGGUGGAAGAACUCGUGGUGGUGCCCAAGAAGAUCUACUUCUACUGGAUUUGCCGCGGUCAGGAAGAGUUUGACUGGUUCUGCGAUCUCCUCUCAGAUGCCGCUGAAGGUCCAGCAGCAGGCAUCGUGGACAUCACGCUUUUCAUUACUGGGGAGAUCGAGCUGGCUCAGGUGAAAAAGCUGCCUUGUGCCAGCGGCCAAUUCUUCGGUCGACCCAACUGGGGACGCAUCUUCAAGCAGAACCGUGAGAAGCACCAGGGCGAGCACGUGGGCGUGUUCUUGUGCGGUUCUCCGGUGAUCGGGGAGGAACUCUCGCGACAGAGUGUCAAGAACUCGGAUCUGAUUGGCACCCCCGGGGGUACGCGCUUCUCCUUUUUCAAGGAGCAUUUCUGA